AUGACUUUCAGCAAGCCAAGCACAUUUAAGGUGCACCAGAGAUCUCACACAGGAGAAAAACCAUACAGCUGCUCAGAGUGUGGGAAGAGUUUUGUCCAGUCCACCACACUCCGGAUGCACCUCCAGUGGCACGCUGGGGCGAGGGCCAGCUACUCCUGCCCUGUCUGUGGGAAGACUUUCUCUCGCUCUAACAGUGUGAAGAGACAUCAGAUGGUUCACACAGGAGAGAGACCUCAUGAGUGUCCCUGCUGUGGGAAACGCUGCUUCCGACGGAGUGCUUUGAUCAUACACAUGAGGAUUCACACUGGAGAGAAACCAUACAUUUGUUCUGAGUGUGGGAAGAGGUUCUCCCAAGAUGGCGACCGGAAACGACACCAAAUAAGACACCACCCUGACCUCUGA